AUGGCUAAUCGAGAAGAAACUUUGCGUCAAUUCUGCGAUGUUACGGGAGCCGACGAAAACCGUAGUAAAUUUUUCUUGGAAUCGUCUAAUUGGCAACUAGAGGUAGCACUAUCUAGCUUUUAUGAACAUGGUGGUAACAUAGAAGAGUCUUCAAACCCUGUACCUGUGGCAGCUUCACCACAACCAAUGUCAGAGAGUGAUAUGGAAUCUCCACCUGGAUCUCCUCAAAAGCAGAAAAAAGAUAAAAAGAAAAAGUCAAAUACCAAAUUUGCUACAUUAGAUUCCUUGCAGCCAGAUAGUUCCAGUGAUGAAGAAGAAGGUCAAGCAUUUUAUGCAGGUGGUUCAGAAAGGUCUGGACAGCAAAUUCUUGGUCCCAGCAAAGGACGAAAGGAUAUUGUAUCAGAAAUGUUCAAAAGUGUUAGAGAACGGGGUGCUGUUGUCUUUGAAGAUGAGCCCACUACAACCAAUCGUGGACGUGGUGGAUUAUUUGCUGGCGUUGGAUACAGAUUGGGACAAACAGCAGAUGAUCAUGAACCAGUGACUCCCGCAAAUGCAGCGCAAGUUGAUCAGACCCGUUCAGUUCGGCUCAGACUAUACAGGGAAGGUUUCACUGUCGACGAUGGGCCACUGAGGCAGUUUGUGGACCCUGCAAAUGCUGAAUUCCUCAGUUGUAUUCGUAGAGGGGAGAUCCCUCCAGAACUGUCAUCAGGUGGUGAAGUACGAGUUAGCUUGGAGGACCGACGUCAUGAGGAGUGUCCUCGGGUUGUUUCUAAGACCCAGGCCUUUGCUGGAAAAGGACAUAUGCUAGGAAGUCCGACUCCAGCGACGGUGGGUGCAACCGUACCCGUAGCUUCUCAGGCGGGAGACAGGGCGGCCAAUCAGCGUGCCGCACAAGAAGCCGUCGGCCUUAACGAGACAAAUCCCGUAACUACUGUACAGUUUCGGUUAGCCGACGGCAGUCGCCUUACGGGUCGUUUUAACCACUCGCACACAGUGGAAGAUCUCUACCAAUACGUGUCGCAAGCGGAGCCGGCCUAUCAGAUCCAGCCAUUCAUACUACUCACUACAUUCCCCAGUGCGGAGUUAAAUGACCGCACUGCAACGCUUGCUACAGCUAAUCUAUUGAACACCACUGUAUUGCAACGACUUAAAUAA